UGUUGUUCGUACUCAGAACUAUUUUUGAAAUUCUUCCGUUUGAUUCAUAUGGACAAAACAGUUACUGUGCAGCGAAGCUCCGCUGAUAAUAUUCCCAACAUUCCAUCAUUCUGCGAGCAUUACGAGCCGCUUCUGGUUGAAGAGAUAGCACUUGUUCGACACCCCACCUUGGUUCACCAUGGCAAAUGUGCCCUCAUCGGAUACCUACCGGAGCGAAGCAACGGGCUGGAAUCGCUGACGAUACCCAGUUUACCCGAAAACAUGCAGCUCCCUGACGCCACGUGCAGUGUGCAGUUAAACUUCGACAACUAUCGAGGCUCAAUUCCUCGCAACUGCACCGUUCGAGUCUACGGAACGAUGACCUUGCAGGGCCCCAGCGAUUCUGCGCUGAACAAUUCACGAGAAUUGAUUUGCCACUUGGAGGAUCUGAAGCACGACUUGGAACAACGGAGGUUGAGUUCCGACGAAAGGGGCAUAAUUUUGGAGAAGGAGAGGGAAUCUAUGGGGGAAACCUAUCAUCCGGUGUUGGAUGUACAUGGCUGUGAACGGGUGAGUAGAGCCAGGGAACUGAUCGGUUGUAAUUUGAGACUGAAACGCAUCAAUAGGCGGUUGACAUCAAGAAUCAGGGACAUCGAGAACGGAAUUUAGGAAAUUUCGGAAUUAUUUAUUGUAUUGUUGUAAUCCUGGUUGUAAUAGAAAUAGACAAUUAUCACUAA